GACAUCUCACGUACAUCAAACCCAGCUCGCCCGUCGGCGUAUGUUCGGCGCUACUGUGCGCAGUGGGAAGGCUGCAAUGCGGCUCACGAGACCGGAUGACACAGACUACCAGGCCAUGCUGGACGGAGAGGCAGGAGAAGUAGAGCCUCACCAGCAGCAGGCAUCGAUAAUCCGCCGCAAUGAUCCAGCAGCAGCAGCAGCAGCAGCCUCCUCUGCUGGCGGACCGGCGGACCCAGCAGCAGACGGGGCGGGGGCAGGUAAGGGGAGGAAGUCGAAGCUCUACAGCGUGGCCGGGUACAUCAUCGUGACGGAGUUCUGCGAGAGGCUCGCGUACUACGGCUUCUCAGGGUCCCUCGUGCUACUCUUCGAGAAGGAGCUCGGGUACACCAACGCCGAGUCCGACACUCAGUUCGCCCUCUGGUCCGGCGUGUGCUACGUCAUGCCCCUGUUUGGCGGCUGGAUCGCCGAUAGCUACCUGGGCCGGUACCACUCUAUUCUGUGCUUUUCGGUAAUUUACUUGGUCGGGCUGUUUGUCGCGGCGGCCUCCUGCGUGCCCGGGUCGGUCUCGCCCCUUGUGCUCUUCCCGGCCAUCUACCUGCUGGCCCUCGGGACUGGGGGGAUAAAGUCGAGCGUGAGCGUCUUCGGGGCGGAUCAGUUCGACGAAGACGACCCGGCAGACGUCAACGAGAAGCAGUCUUUCUUCAAUUGGUUUUACUGGAGCAUAAACCUCGGGGCCUUGGUGAGCUUCACUCUGGUGUCGUACGUGUGCCAAUACGGGCUGCCGUUUCUAGGGGGGCCAGACUGGGGCUUCAUGGCCGGAUACUCCAUUCCCUGCAUCGCCAUGUCCUUGGCGCUAGUGGUCUUCUUGGCGGGGACACCCAAGUACCGCCGGUUUCCACCAUCCGGUAGCGUCGUAAGCCGAGCCGCGGGGGUCGUGACCGAAGCCUGCCGCAAACGGUGCAACGCGGCGUGGGUUGGAGUUGCCGGCCAGGACGGAGCUGCGGGCGGCGAGUGGCAAACCGCGAGGAUACAGGCGGGCGGGGGCGGGGCGGGGGAAGAAAUGCUGGAGUGGCUGCAGAGUGCGAGCGAGCGAUCGGGGGGUUCGUAUUCGCACGAUGAGGUGGUCGCCGUGUCGCGGGUGUGGAAACUGCUGCCCUUCUUGGCGCUGCAGGUGCCCUACUGGGCGGUCUACGCCCAGAUGGGAACGGCCUUCCAGAACCAGGGGUGCCAGAUGGACCUGUCCGUGCUCGGCUUUGACAUACCAGUGUCCACGCUUAACAUGUUCGACACUCUGGCCGUGUUGCUGCUCAUACCCGUCGUGGACGGAGUGGUGUACCCUUGGCUGCGACGGACGGGGUGCGAGCCUACCAUGCUCCGCAAGAUCGGCUCGGGCUUGCUGUUCGCGGGGGCGGCGGUGCUGGUGGCAGGGGCGGUGGAGAUCGUCAGGCGAAAUCACGUCGACCACGGGGAUGGGGCCGUCUUGUCCCCGUGCCGAAAGGCUCGGGACUACGACCCAGAGCAGUUCCAGGAGUAUUUCAACACGCGGAAUCGAGCAACGGCGACGGCGCACCGUCCGGCCUACUGCCAUCAGGUGCCCGGCUGCACCGAGAUCGGGCCGGACGACUUGCUGUUGCUAAGCUGCAUCGUCUGCGACGCCCCCCCGUUGGCGUCGACCAUGAGCGUCCUGUGGCAGGUGCCUCAGUACCUCUUGAUCGGCACGUCGGAGAUUCUGUCGGCGGUAACGUCGUUAGAGUUCUUCUACGCCGAGGCCCCCACCACAGUGCGAGGCGUGUCUGCCGGUCUUAACCUGCUCACCACCGCCUUGGGGAGCUGGGUCACGGUGCCGCUCUUGUCUUUGGUUAACUCCGGGGCCUUCGGGUCACCCUGGGUUACGGACGAUCUGAACGACGGGCGUUUAGAGCUCUACUUUUGUGUUCUUGCGGGGCUCGUUGCAAUAAGCUUGUUGGUAUUCGUAGCCGUCGCCAAGCGCUACCGCUACCAAAGCCCCACGGAAGACGGAACACCGGCACCCUCAGCGACGGCGACAGCGCAAGAGAGCGACGAAAGCGACGACGACGACUGUAGCACCAACGGUAACGGUGCAGGGGGCAGCGGAAGGGGUAUGCGAGGGUACGGGUGGGGGCGGCGGGGUAGAAGAGGAUCCUGGGAUGACAGCAGCAAGUUGUUGUCCGGUAGGGGUUUGGUGGGCCAGUCUGAAUCGGCAACUUUCGGGCGAAUUUGAGCCGUUGUUUGUUGUUGUUUCCGCGAUACCCUUUCUUGUCGCACCCGUUUUGUCUACCUUUUCUUGUCGGCCAUGAUGUGUCGAUCUCCGUCUUAUGGACGCUGAGUGGGUUUCCACGGUGUUUACAACGGGACGGGUUUGUUCUGGAAUGUAUAUAGUAAUUAUUAAGACGAACUGCAAGGAAGGGGUGUCUGGCGUUCCAGGAUGGAUGUAUCUGGGAUGUUGGGGGCAGGAGAGCGACGCACCCUCCGAUGGUUUUGACCGUGGUUUGAAAGUUAAUGAAGUAAUGGAUUAGCUUGUUCCACGAAAUUGAUUUGCACGCUGCUGCCGCUGAUGAUGUUUUGUUGUCAUCUGCAUGGGCCUGCACGUACGGGGGGCGUUGUGAGUAGUUUCUUUUGUUGCCGGGUGUUCGCAGAUAACGCUUAAAACUUCGUUCUGGGCUGAGGUUUAAGUCGAUACUGGUGAUAAUCACAUGUUGUCAAAUACCCACGCCGAGAGGAGUUUUAACUGUUUGAGAACUGGAUUGAACUUGUUUUUUGGAGUUUUUGUUAGUGGAAGGCAGUAAAUGUGCACUUCGAAAAGACAGCUCGACAAGCAAACCGG